GUUUGACAAUCCACCCUCAUCCUUUCGUGUCCAUCAUUCCCCUGAUGCAAUACUACCCGGAGUCGCUCAGUCGUGUCCAAGGCAGGCAUGCCCAUAUGCAUUACAUGCAGUACUCCAGUCAAGGAGCUAUACACUGUCUACAGCAAAGCAGAUGACCGAACUCUGGGCAAAGGCGUUCGCCUGACACAAUGUCCCAACUGCAAACGUUUCGCCGACAAAUAUGUCGAACAUGACUUUGUCGUCCUAUUCAUCGAUCUAGUGCUGAUAAAACCACAGGUCUACCGCCAUCUUCUCUUCAACAGGUUGGGACGCUCAGACGACAAGUUCGACCCCAGCAUCUUGCGUCUGGGUACACUGCUUGUCCUCUUCGACGUCUAUAUCACUUGGGCCAGGAUUGAGAAAUCAAAUGCAGCCAACGGAGGCCCUGCCGUGGGUUCUCGGCUCAGCGAGAUGCCCAUCUUGGCACAAUAUCUUUUCUUUUUGACCAUGAAUGUCCUUGCGACGUUUGCCCAACACGGCAUCAUCCGAGCAAUGGUCCGGAUGCUCGUGUCCCACCAGAAAAAGCAAGAGCAGGCCCUCGCAGAUGCGACGCCCACAACGGUCUCCUGCUCAACCCCCAACACUCGACCGACCAUUGCCACAAGCCACGCCAGUCCCAGCGCCAUUAGCACGGCCCUAUUAGUUUCCAGCUGCACAAAGUUGUUUCCCAUUUUGUUGGUCAUCUGGCCAACAGAGACAAAGGAAAGCGAUUCAUUCGGAUUUGCCUUUCGAGCGACAAACUACGUGGGCUGGGCGGUCCUCCUCAACAAUAUCGAAGCAUUGCUCAUUUUACUCAACUGCGGAUACAUGAUUGCCACUGGUUUGGCGAUUUCUGGUUUUGUAGCAAGGUGGAUGGUGGAAGGCUGGUUCUUAACCUUCGUUGGGCUCGCACGAGACACUGGUCCUGUAGGAGACGUACUGGCCGCGUAUCGCUUUUUGGGAGGGUGGCUCAAGGGGAGCUGAUGAAACAAUGAAGUGACAGGACAGAGGAGACUCCAUUGGCACUGCCUUGGAGAGCGGGACAGUGCCUGUGAGUCUCUGUCGUACACGGCGUAGGACGCUUGCGACAAAUGGAAUACCGACUGGGGCCGAAUAUGCGACCCCCUUCGUCC